AUGAGCGCGAACAAUGUGCAAGCACUUUUCGCGUGUUCACGAUGCUUUUCUAGACAUCCUUUCGAGGAACUCUCCCCAGGGCAACAAUUGUGCAAGGUAUCGUUUUGAAUUUUCAUAUUUUUCCUCGAAUUUCGUCACGCAGCUACCGAUACUUUCGACGCGUCAUUUUUCGUGUUUGCGAGAUACGAUGCUAAUAAUAGAUCUUUUAAUUCAAUUGUACUGUUCCUCAUAUAAUUGUCGCUGUUUCCAAACUAUCAAACGUUAAAAUAUGAAUUAGAUGAAAAUUUGGCUUUGCGUGCAAAUUUCAAGAAAAAUUGUGUACGUGCACCGAAGAACAAGAUCAUUCUAAAGAAUCGCUUUUGUUUAAAAAUUGUUUCAAUUUAACAAAGCAUUUUGAUUUGGGUUUUAAUAAAUAUUUUUUUCUUACAGUAUUAUGUGUUUUGUGAAAAAGCUUGAGUAACGUGUGAACAUUAAAACUGACUAAAUGUAAAUACAUACAUAGAUUUUUAUAUUUUUGUGCUCCUUUUUUAAUGAAUUUUUACUAUAUUAUGUUGCUUAUUUAGGAAUGCAGGGGUGCAUUUCCUGUGGUGAAAUGUACAUAUUGUAGGUCAGAAUUUCAACAAACAAUGUAAGCAUUAUAUGAGUUGAUUUGUAUGUCUCCAAUUGAUAAAUUUGGUAUGUCUCCAAGUAAUUUUGUUUUUUACAGAAAGGGUAAUACAAGCACUAUUUGUAAGAAAUGCGAACAAAAUGUGAAAUCUUAUGGUAAGCCAUCGGCCUGUGAAUAUUGCAAUACCAUAGCUGCAUUUAUUGGUAGUAAAUGUCAAAGAUGUACAAAUUCUGAAAAACGUUAUGGGCCACCAGUUACUUGUGAGCAAUGCAAACAGAAGUGUGCCUUUGACAGACAAGAUGAAGAUAAGAAAGUUGAUGGGAAAUUAUUAUGUUGGCUAUGUACACUAUCAUACAAACGAGCACUGGCAAAAACAAAACAAUCCGAUGCUGAAAGGAGGGCACAUUUGAAACUAGCACAACAACGAGCAGCAAAGCACAAAGAACAAAAAUUAAAAAGUCACAAUAAGAGACCACACAGAGUCGAUGUAACGAAAUUGCCGCCUCAGUCCGAAGGUGCAGACACGAACGGUCCGACACCAGUGAAAGCAGCGCGGAUGGGUGGCGUCCACGAUCCACAUGAUCCUAACAGUUCAGAUCAUGUAGUCGCGGUUACCCAACUUAAAGAAAAAAUAGCCCAUCUUCAAAAACAAAUUUCUAUCAAGGAUGGGCAAUUACUCGCUAAGGAUAGACAAAUUACAGAAUUGAAAGCUAAAAAUUUCACGUCGGAAACAGAACUGCGUAACAAGAUGAAAGCGACAGAGAAGGAAUACGAAGCCAAAAUAUCGACGAUGCAACACAAGAUCUCCAGUUUGUUGAAAGAAGUUGCUUCCCUAUCGAAGAGUUCUAAGCGGGGUGACAGAGUAGCUGCCACGAAAACAGAAGCUGGGACCAACAGUGGAAGUGGAACAGACAGUCCUGUACCUUGAUAAGGUAGGACAUUUCACAUCCUCAUUAUUCUUUGUCAAUUAAUGUUUGAUCAUGUUCUAUAUUUACACUUUAAUUCGUCGACGCAACAUAUUUAUAAUAAAAUGUUGUAAUUGAGUAUAUAUUUAGUGUUUGGAAUGAUAUUUUAUUUGUGAUUUUGAACGUUCAUGGCUUCUCAAUAUUUAAUUUCUGAUAAGAGCCGAACGUUAUGAGAAUUCCAUUUUUUGCGCUUUUAGUGAUCUAUUAUUUCCAAAUAUGUGUAUAAGAAUAUAUAUAACUUUCGCUACCUCGCUCCUAUAUUUCCAUACGAUGUUGUAUUCUUUUGGAAUUUUGCGAUACAUGAACUUAUAGUUUCAUUUAUACCCUAAGAACGUUUCGACGCUAAUAUAUUUUUCUGUUAAAAAAUUACGCGUUUCAACAAAAUUAUUUUGAUGCUGCGAUUGCAAUAAUCACUAUUACUAUGAGUAACUUCUUUAUCAUUUCUUUUUUUUUUUUUUUUUGUGCGUUAUCGUUGCUUAAAUGUUUUGGAUACGAAAUUUACAGCACCGCCGAUAACUUGUGCUUGUACUCUUCGCAGUUGUGUAAGAUAGCACGAAGUAAAAAAAUUAUUUUUUCGGCGUGUGUUUUAAACAAUGUUCUAGACAAAGGACGUGUAAUUUUUCUGCGAGAUGAAAGAAAUUUUAAAAUUGUUUUCAGGGACUUGGUUAG